AUGUACAGUUCUAUCAUCCUCCAAACAGUCCACCGAGUCGACUCCAUGGCUAGGAAGCUCAUGAGCUCCUCCGAACUUGAUCCUUCAUCUUACAAUGCCACACAAGAGGGCAAGUCUGUUGUCACUGGAACGCUGACAAGAGCCCGGGAUCAUCCGGACUUUGAGGAGAGAGUCUUGUGA